AAACACUAGUUAUAUGAAACCAGCACAAAAACGUUUAUAAUUCCUUUAUAUUUCUUUUGUCAUUAUGUCUCUAGGAGUCAAAUACAAACGAUUGACCGCGAUAAACUGUUUCCGUGAAGCUUGUAAUUAGCUUUGCCUUUCAGCCAGUCUGGCGCAUGUUCAUACAAGGUCAAGUAAGAUCAAUUCCACCUUACGCCACCUUCCCCUUCAUCUCUACUCCUAUUUGUUAGCACCAUUAAUAGCACAAGACAUCGCUACGUACGCUCCGCUUCGCAUAUUAGCGGGCGAGAUGUUAGUAUAUUUACUCUAUGUUUUAGCAGAAAAAGGCCUGAAGAUCGCAUUUCUUUAGUGACCUACACUUACACAUGUCGUCAUUACAAUGAUGAGCGUGUAACCCAAACCGGUUGGCAUAUCUGAACGGGUCAAAGACAACAGAAAGGAACGCUGUAAGUACUGCUAUAAUACAACGGGAAGAUUGUCAAAGAAAAAUCUAACGAGAGCUGAAUGGAUCUAUUGGAAAGCCCUCGUCAGACGCGGCAAGCUCGUCGCCGAACGUCGUCCAUCGGGAAUCGCUCCGAUGACAGUAUUAGACGAGUCAGUAUGGUGGGCUCAUCUCUUAGGAGAGUCUCUACGACUUCGUAUAUGAUGCAAGCAGGGGCGAAGAAGAACAGAGCCGUACAAGACGACGCAGGCAGUGCCGAUAUGAGGCGAAAGAACGUAAGGAUGGAGAACACUUAUCGCAUGGAACCGACGGUUGAUUUCCCUGCGAUAAAAGUGCGUCAGAUUGUGAAGGACGCGCUAGUAACUCUAGACUCUCAUAGUUACGAGCCAAAUGACUCAGCUCUCCUCGCCAAACUUAUGAGUAAGAGAAUCCUUGACGAGGUUAAGCAGCUCAAUGUUGAGCGGUAUAAGCUGGUGUGUUUGGUAUCUAUUGGUUCUAAGAACAGACAGGGGAUGCGAAUAGCGAGUCGUUGCUUGUGGAACACCGAGUACGAUACGUGUAUCUCGGAGACGAUGGACAAACACACUUUUUACGCUAUUGCUACAGUAUAUGGCUUGUAUUUUGAGUGAGUUCAAUGGCUGGCACAACUCGGCCAUGACUACUGUCAGUAUACCUAAACAGGCAGAGAACGAAAAUGUAUUUUGUGUGAUUAACUUAGGUUGCUUAGCAACAACCCCUGCUAGCCGUUAGUAUGAAAUGCUAGCCAAAAUGAGGUCAAGAAAGUCAUGACAAUCAAAUGUUUGGCGAUGAGAAAUCCAUACAUGAUCUCAGUGAUCUCACUGUCAUGAUACUAUCAUGUCAAAGCGAAAAAUAUAUCCCUAUAUUUCUUGUUA